GCGCAGGCGCAGUGUCCCCGGGCCAAGAUGGCUGCGCGGUGCUCCCCACGCUGGUUGCUGGUGGCUGUGGGGACCCCGCGGCUGCCGGCUGCAUCGGGGAGAGGGGCCCGGUCGCCCAGGGAGGGCGUGGUGGGGGCAUGGCUGAGCCGCAAGCUGAGCGUCCCCGCCUUUGCAUCUUCCCUGACCCCUCGCGGCCCCCGAGCGCUGCUGACAUUGAGACGUGGUGUCAGCCUCACAGGAACAAAAUAUUACCCUUUCAUUUGUACUGCCUCCUUCCACACGAGUGCCCCUGUGGCCAAAGAAGAUUAUUACCAGAUAUUAGGAGUGCCUCGAAAUGCCAGCCAGAAAGAGAUCAAGAAAGCCUAUUAUCAGCUUGCCAAGAAGUAUCACCCUGACACAAAUAAGGAUGAUCCCAAAGCCAAGGAGAAGUUCUCCCAGCUGGCAGAAGCCUAUGAGGUUUUGAGUGAUGAGGUGAAGAGGAAGCAGUACGAUGCCUAUGGCUCUGCAGGCUUCGAUCCUGGGGCCAGCGGCUCCCAGCAUAGCUACUGGAAGGGAGGCCCCACUGUGGACCCCGAGGAGCUGUUCAGGAAGAUCUUUGGCGAGUUCUCAUCCUCUUCAUUUGGAGAUUUCCAGACUGUGUUUGAUCAGCCUCAGGAAUACUUCAUGGAGUUGACAUUCAAUCAAGCUGCAAAGGGGGUCAACAAGGAGUUCACCGUGAACAUCAUGGACACUUGUGAGCGCUGCAACGGCAAGGGGAACGAGCCCGGCACCAAGGUGCAGCAUUGCCACUACUGCGGCGGCUCCGGCAUGGAAACCAUCAACACGGGCCCUUUUGUGAUGCGUUCCACGUGUAGGAGAUGUGGUGGCCGCGGCACCAUCAUCAUAUCACCCUGUGUGGUCUGCAGGGGAGCAGGACAAGCCAAGCAGAAAAAGCGAGUGAUGGUCCCUGUGCCUGCAGGAGUCGAGGAUGGCCAGACCGUGAGGAUGCCUGUGGGAAAAAGGGAAAUUUUCAUUACGUUCAGGGUGCAGAAAAGCCCUGUGUUCCGGAGGGACGGCGCAGACAUCCACUCCGACCUCUUUAUUUCUAUAGCUCAAGCUCUUCUUGGGGGAACAGCCAGAGCCCAGGGCCUGUACGAGACGAUCAAUGUGACGAUCCCCCCUGGGACUCAGACAGACCAGAAGAUUCGGAUGGGUGGGAAAGGCAUCCCCCGGAUUAACAGCUACGGCUACGGAGACCACUACAUCCACAUCAAGAUACGAGUUCCAAAGAGGCUAACGAGCCGGCAGCAGAGCCUGAUCCUGAGCUACGCCGAGGACGAGACAGAUGUGGAGGGGACGGUGAACGGCGUCACCCUCACCAGCUCUGGUGGCAGCACCAUGGAUAGCUCCACAGGAAGCAAGGCUAGGCGUGAGGCUGGGGAGAACGAGGAGGGAUUCCUUUCCAAACUUAAGAAAAUGUUUACCUCCUGAUAUCCCAGCCGAGGUAGGAAAACCCUGGAGGUUUUUUUCCCUUUGUUUUCCUCUGUGAACUAAUCCUGGUUUUCUCCCACUUUAACCAAUAUUGUGCCCCCAACCCCAGGAGUUGGAACAGGUGCCAGUCCAAGGUGCGGUAAACCUAGCUCCACUAGGAGCUGGCCUCUCAGCCUAGGGAAUAGAUGACGUGGCAAUCAGCCUGUAGUGCAGGACUGGCUGGGCUGCCGCGGCCAGCCUCUGGCUGUGUCCUCUUCCUGGGGAGGUGGCGAUGCUGGGGCUGUUGUACAGCCCCCCUGCAGUGGUGGGUCCGGCUUGCCUAUGGUCACAGAGGGCGAGUCAGGCAGAGCCAGGCCUAGAACUCAGAUCUCCUCACGUCCUGCCUGCUUGGAAGCUGUCCUCCUGCAUGGACAGCGCAGGGCUGUGCAAGCCUGGGGGCUGCUCUGGGGUAGCGCUUGCUCGCCGUGUCAUCUUGGGGCCCACUUUUGUUUAUUAUGCUCAUCUCAGUGGCUGGGGUUCUCGCCCCUCUCUUGGCACAGCUGCUUUCCAGGGAUUAACAGACGCUCCCCACAAGGGUGUAUUCCCCUGAGAUGUUGAGUGUAAGGUAACAGCCUAUCUCUUUGGCUCAGGAAAAAGAUCCACUGGAAACUAGGCCGGGAAGCAGCAGCCUUUCCAAGGGCCAGGGCACCUGGGAGACGGGAGGAUUUCAGAACAGCAGCACUGAGCUCCCACCCACAGAGCCUCUGGACAGCCUUGGCAAUAGCAAAAUCAUGGACAACACCUCUCUCCACGGAAAGGUCACAGUGGACAGCCCGGGCAGUAGGAUGCAGCCCCAAAGGCUGGUGGCAGUUUCCUGUCCAUGGGUAGGUGACGGCCCCUGGCUCAGGCAGAGGGAGAUGGUUAGACUCUUGCAGGGCUAAAACUCUAAUUUGGAAUUGAAUGUUGUGGAGAUCUUAAUUAAAGGCCAUGCUUACAGCUUAGAAAUGAAGCCUUAAGCUGCAUCAAGUUACGAAGUGAUUAAUUUCCUUCUCAGCAAACCUCCGGGAGGUUCCAGAAUGAGUUCUUCCUGACAGGUUGUCUUCACUGGGAGCCUGGGGCCCCCAGGCCCCACCAGCACUGUCCUCCCCUGAUGAGGGGCCCUGCUGAGGUGUCAGCUGCUCUGCUCAGUUAGUUUUUAUUCCUGGGGUACCAAGCAGCUGCACAGUCAGGGCCUGGGAGGUACAUAGAGGCCCAGAGAGUCCCUGCAGGUUCUGCUCCUGACCGUGUGGGUGGUGAUCCUUGUCAGGAUGUACAGUCCUUGCUCCCACCCCAUCCAGGAUGGCCACCUGUCCCUGACCAUUGAGUCCUGUUGUUGUAAGCCAGGCAUGGAGGGCUCCUGCCCUUCUGCUGAGCCACAGCCCACUGCAGCACUGUGCUGGCCAGACUUCAGCUGCCUUGGGAACUGAAGCCCUGCCACCGUUGCUAGCCAGGGGCUUGUUUCUCCCACUUACACUGUUGACAUCUAUUUUCUGAAGUGUGUUUAAAUUAUUCAGUGCUAAUCAUUGUAUUUUCCUGUGUAAAUGUUGAUUCAGAAAAGGAAAGCACAGGCUAAGCAGUUGAAGGUUCCCUACCAUUCAGUGAGAGCAGAACCCCCAUUCCCCAGCCUCUGCUGGUAGCAUGUCACAGUUUCCAUGUGUUUCAGGAUCCUCGGGCUGUCGUCAGACAGGUUAAUGAAGAACAUUUCUCAACAGUUUCCUUUUUGUUUUCCUUUAUAAUUCACUAAAAUAAAGCAUCUAUUAGUGUCUGAUUUAGGAAUGUAAAAUGAUUCUGUAUUAAUGUAAAUAAGAUUAUCUAUUGCAAAAAGAUAUUUAAAACCUAAA